AAAUACAAAAAAAUUUGUAUUUUGUUUACAGACAGAAUAAUGACUCUGGAUACGCAGAUGGUGAAUCCUGCCUUAGAAUCUUUAUCCUAUGCGCAUCCACAAGUGACUGUAUCAUCUCAAACUUCGAUACCUCCGAAUCCCGCAAAUAUGGAACCUUUGCCGCCUGGUGUGGACUUACCAGAUACGUCUUACGAAGCUGCCACUCUGAAAGGGAUAAUAUAUAAUGCGGCGUCACAGCCAAGCAAUGCGAUUUACGCGCCUUCGAUUGCUGAUCCAACGAUACCUAUCCUAAGCCAUCAAGCGGGUCUGCUCCAGGAACCAUUUGUUCAUUAUCCAACUUUUCAUCAACAUUUGCAUAAUCAGACAAUUGCAGUUGCAAACAAACACGGUGGACAGAGUGCAAUUCAGUUCAUGGUGGGAUAUGCACCGAUUUAUACGAAUAAUAAAAUCAUCGCCAAGCCACCGGUCAAGUCCUCGAAGGAAUCUUUGGGAUCUGCCCUCGAUUCCUUUUACAACGAUAUUGCGCGUAUUGAGAAGACGGAAACGGAACGAACAGGACAGCAUCAGGAUGUCACUGCUACGGUAAUGGAGCAAGUAUCUAUUCCGACCGAAGAAACAAAACCGGAAAUAGAACUGGAAACUGUGUCCAGCGAUACGACGACGAAGGAACGGAAGAAGAAGAAGGCAAGGAUCAGCAACAGCAAGAAACAUAAGGAGAUGUCAAGCAUGGUGGCGAAGUGGCAAAGGGUACAAAAGAAUCUAGAGGACACUGUAUAAAUAAUAGAAAGCGAUUGAAAUAAAAUAAUUAAUUGCUGUACUGAUGUUGCAUAGACUGUGUUAUUAGUAUCUUUAGAUUUCAUUGUACAUAUGCAUUGUUAAAUAUCUUUUCUAUUGUGAACCAUUUUAAGUUUUUAUUCAUAAUCCGAUACGUAUAUAUUUGUUGCAAGAGUAUUACAGCAAUAUUAUUUGUAUUAUUGAACGUAGUACUUAUCUUUCGUGCGAUAUUAUGAUGAAGUUAUUAUAUAUCUUAUAAUUCAUUGUGAAUUUUGUGAUAAUUUUUAUGCACAGUAGAAUCAAAUGAUGUAUUAUGAUUAUUAUUAUUAGUUUUGCACAUUUAUAUAGUCAAAAAUAUGAGUACAUCUUUAUAAUUUGAUGUGUUCUUUCAAUGUCAAGAGGUACUGUUUCAUUGAAUUAACACAAAUUAUUUUUACACAUACGCUAAGCUCGAUUACAGAAUGUGAAUAAUGAAAUCAUACUUUAUAGGCUUUAUUGCAAAUAAGAGAAGAUGGAGUAGAAAUAAAAAACAUGAUAUUUGAUA